AUGGCCAAAAGGAGCACCCUAGCCAAGAAAACGAGCGGCUUCCUUGCCGCCGUGACGCCUUCACAGAAGCGCGUCGUCGUCGCGUGGGCGCAGAGUGGGCAUGGCAUAAGUGGCCGAGGCGACACCCUCAUCCCCGGCGAUCAUGUGCUGGGGAAUGCCCAGUGGGCCUCCAAAGCGAUCCAUCUCGCCAAGAUUUUGGACUAUGACCUGGCUUCGCCGUUUGACAAACCCGGCACGCCGCCAGGCUGCUUCCAGGCGGCCCACGUUGAACUCAAGUUGGCGACGUAUGCUGUGACGCUCCUCCUGCGGCGCCUACCCGGACGGCCACGCGGCAACGACAUCCUUGCGCGAGAGAACCUCGUCCAGCUGCGAAAGUGCCGUUGGAGCAACGAUCACCGUCACCGGCCUCACCUCGAGGGAACCCGAGUCGUCCCGAUCGAGUACCACAAGCAGCAACUGCUUGCCGCCGAGGAGCUGGGCCGCGCUGGCGGAGAUGCGAAGAAACAGAGGCCCACGACGAAGCUCCAAACUUACGAAGAAGAUGGGGUAAUCCACUACGUCCAGCCGGCGCCAGCGAAUACCAGCCAAGAGAGGCUGUCGUCGCAGCGACGACGCCGCUCACCGCAUGAGCUAUCCGACGUCGAAAAGCCCCUGCCAGCAACCGCGGUGACGGAGGAUCCGUACACAAGAUCACCAACCCCCGAGAGACCGGAAACAUGGAAAGCUACUAGGUACAAGAUUUAA